AAUCUCCCAACACUCCCAACCGAAAUAACUGUCUAAAAGCCCUUCCAAGAACAUGCGCCUCUUCUCCGAGAAGCUUCUCCUCGCUAUCCUCGUCCCCAUGUUAAUAGUCCUCAUCUUCAUGAGCUUUUAUGAUCCGUACAAUGGCUCAUCCAAUCCGUCCAUCGGCAUCACCUACUCCCAACACCCCACCUCCGAUCUCCCCCACCCUGACCACGUCGUCUCCAACCUACAAUCGCUCGGCGUAGCCCAUGUCCGACUUCUUGAUCCCGACCCUGAAAUCGUCCGCGCCUUCUCCAACUCAGGCAUCUCGCUCCUCCUCUCCAUCCCAAACACUUACAUCCAUGCCAUCGCAGCCAACCAAACCAAAGCCAUCAAAUGGCUCUACAGCCAUGUGGUCCCCUUCUACCCACGGGCCCACAUCACCACCAUCUCCGUUGGCAAUGAUGUACUCGCCUCCUCCCCUGAGCUCUCCACCUCUCUGGUGAAAGCCAUCCAGAACGUCUAUCUCGCCCUCCACAAGCUCAGGAUCCACAACAUCUCGGUCUCAACUACACUUUCCUUCGACGUUAUCACAAACCCGUUCCCACCCUCGGCCGCGGAAUUCCAAAAACCCGCUGCGGAAUGGAUGAUGAAGCCGCUUCUUGAUUUAAUCUCCGCCACCAACUCGUCGUUCUUGAUCAACGCCUACCCAUACAAGCUGUGCAGAUCAUACCCGGCGAUCCCGAUCAGAUUUGCACUGUUUCAAAAUGUCCGCCAUGAUCCGAUGUUGGGUGUCCAGUACCAGAACCUGUUCGAUGUGAUGGUCGAUGCGGUUAUCAGUGCGAUCGCCAAGGCAGGCCACAAGAACAUACCUGUGGUCGUGACAGAAACGGGGUGGCCCAGCGAUGGGGACGUGAAUGAGCGCGAAGCGAACGAAGUGUUUGCGAAAAUGUACAAUGAGGGUUUGGUAAGGCAUCUGAAGUCGGGCAUCGGGACGCCGCUGCAAAGGGAAGGGGCCGCAGAGACGUACAUAUUUGAGCUGCUCGAUGAUGAGACGAAGCAAGGGCCGGAAUCGGAUCGGCACUGGGGUAUUUUGAAUCGAAACAUGACGAUGAAGUAUGGGAUCGAUUUCUCCGGUUUACAUCGAUACAGCUGGUUCGAAUUGGCGGUGAAGGUUGCGAACAUAUGUUUGAUCCUUUUGAUUAUCGCGUCGAUAUUUGUGUUGUUGUUGCCAGAGGAUGAUCUGUAAUCAGGCGGAAAAUGGGUACAUCUGUAAAUUCAAAAUUUCUCAAUGCAAAAUGGAUUUUCGUUUUUCCUUUCAACUCUUUCUUGA